AGGCGGAGGACUGUAGAAUGGACGCUGUGGUCCAGACCAUCCGCAAGCUGGGGUCCGCCGUCGAGCUCCUUGAGGGCCGUGUCCAGACCAUAGAGCAGGAACGCCAGCCGCUGGUGCGCGAGGAGCGCCAGCCCCUCUCGGCCGAGUUCCCGUCGCCCAUACGGCCGCCGCGGCGGCCGUCGCCGCAGAGGCUGCCCGCCGCCGAGGCGGCCGCCGCGGCCCCUUCCGCCACGGCCUCGACUCCGGCGCGGCCGUCGCAGGGCGGGUCGCAGGUGCCGCAGACGGACUCCCACAGGGCCCUGCCGUCCGCCAUCCCGAGCAGGGAGCCGGACCCCUUCAAGAGCAUGUGGGCCCAAUGUCGCUUCGACGAGAACCGCCAGAUGUUUGAGAAGAGCCAGCUGCGCUACCUCCAUGACAAGGAAGGAAUGCGGAGGUGGUGGCUGCGGAGGAGGAUCUGGAGGAGGGGGCCUGGGGAG